CCUCCUCCUUUCAGGUGGUGAAUUUCAGAGAUUUCACAUUCACUGGCGAAGAAGGGGUUUCUUCUGUUCAUAUAACUCAACACACACACACCCGUGUCUCUUUCUUCCUUCUUCAACAGUGUUGUUCUGAUGCGUGUUUUUUUCUCAUUUUUUUUAUCAUUCCCUUAUUUUUAUUUUCCCCAAAAAAACCAAACCUGCAAUUUCCGAACCCGAAAAUCACCGUCUUUCGAAUCACACAACCAUAUACCCCUUUUUCGUCCCUCUUCACGCGCGAGACCCUUCGAAUCGUGGUGGAAGCCUCAGAUUUUGACCCUUCAAUCGCUGAAUCGAAGUACGUUCAGCGGUGGGCUCGUUCGGGAGUGGUUGAACGCGUUGGUGAGAUGAGAAGAAGAACUUGCAUGUUUUGGGCUUGCAAAGAGUUGUUAUAAGAAGGAGUUGUUGCAGCAGAGCUUCUUCUUCUUCUUCUUAAUGGCACCGAAGCGCGUUUAUGAAGCAUGGAAAGGAAGUAAUGCUCGAUGAUGGCUAGUGAUGUCUGGUGGUGGCUUUUCGUUGGAUAGUUAAGGCUGCACAAAUGACUUCCAAUACAAUCAUUUGUUGUGUUAUGGAUUUUUUCAAAAUUCCUAUUUGGAGGAAGGUUGAUAUUUGGACCGGAUGCUAGGAUAUGCUAUUUUGGUGGUGGCAGUUCUCUUUAAUAUUUAUGUGUUGAUUCUUCUCUUUCUUACUUCCUCUCGUGAUCCGGGCGUUAUCCCAAGGAAUUUACAUCCACCAGAGGAAGAGUUCCGUUAUGACUCUUCAGUUUCUGUUGAAAUUGGGGGACGCCAAACUCCGAGCCUUCAGUUCCCUCGAACAAAAGAAGUAAUGGUAAAUGGCCAUUCUGUGAAGGUGAAAUAUUGUGACACUUGUAUGCUCUAUCGUCCUCCUCGUUGUUCACAUUGCUCCAUUUGCAACAAUUGUGUUGAACGUUUUGAUCACCAUUGCCCUUGGGUGGGCCAAUGUAUUGGGCUGAGGAACUACCGUUACUUCUUUCUGUUUGUUUCUUCGGCAACUAUUCUAUGUAUCUAUGUGUUUUCCAUCUCAGCUUUUUACAUCAAGGUUCUGAUGGAUCAUUAUAAGGGGACAGUUUGGAAGGCAAUGAAAGAAUCCCCUGCAUCUGUUAUAUUAAUGGCAUAUUGUUUCAUCUCUUUGUGGUUUGUCGGUGGACUAACUGGCUUUCAUUUGUACCUUAUUGGCACAAAUCAGACUACCUAUGAGAACUUCCGCUACAGAGCCGAUAACAGGAUCAAUGUUUACAAUCUGGGUUGUUUUAACAAUUUCCUAGAAGUAUUUUGUACAAAAGUGAAGCCCUCAAGGAACAAUUUCCGAGCUUUUGUUCAAGAGGAGGUACCGAGGCCACCCCCUCCGGUCAUUUCCCGGGAACCCGAACCAGAUCUGGGUGGUGGAGAUCCACGUUCUAAAGUUGAAGACGAUCUAGAUAUCGGUGAAGACCUGUUAAAGAUAUCACAGCGUCGGAAUAUUGAUGAAAUUGACGAGGACAUCCGGAGCAGAGGAAGCAAUGGACCUCCCCAUAAUACUUCUGAAGUAGAUUCAGUUUUGGGUUCAGAUCGCCGGGCCCCAACAAUUCGAUCUGAAGCAAGGCACUCAAGUGAGGGAAGAAGUGAAAGCUGGGAAAUCGGGUCUGAGGUCCUUGCCAAUUCAACUGUAACUGAAAGCAGAAGCUAUGUUGUAUCAAAGGAGGUGCGCCAAAAACUUGGGGGUUCUUUCUGAGAUGUGGGGUUUCUUAGAUAUUAAAAAUGGAAAAGGAAAUGGUGUUUGAUCAGAUUAUAGGAAUGGGAAUUGAAUUGAUUGAGGCAUUAAGUACAAAACUUAUUUGAUCUUUUUUUGUGGUAAGGUUAGCUCUUUUGGAAAGAAUAGAAAUGUGUGUAAUUUUCGAGAUAAAGCAAUAGUGUCUUUUUUUUCUCCUGUCAAUUUUUUUUCCUACAAUAUGUGCAUUGCAUCUUUAUGUGGCUUUAUUCUUUGUGUAAAUAACCAGUUGUGAUGCUAAAACAUUUAUCUGCGUACUGUGA